AUGAAUAUCUUCAGGCUUCUAGCGGAUUUCUCGCAUCUCAUAUCUAUACUCAUUCUUCUACAAAAGAUGAAAUCAACCAGCAGCUGCUCGGGACUGUCGUUUAAAUCACAAGUAUUAUAUUUGAUCGUUUUUGUAACGCGUUACUUAGAUCUCUUCUGGACAUUCACGGACUCUCUAUAUAACACCGUCUUCAAGAUUCUCUUCAUCGGCUCCUCGUUCUAUACCAUCUAUCUCAUGCUCAAUGACUACAAACCGACUCAGGACCCAAAUACGGACACUUUUAAGGUGGAAUACCUUCUUGGUUUCAGUGCGCUUCUAGCCAUACUCUUUCCUCAGCACUACACCAUUUCUGAGAUUCUCUGGACCUUCUCAAUCUGGCUGGAAUCCGUUGCGAUCUUGCCGCAGUUAUUUAUGCUACAACGAACCGGCGAGGCAGAUACUAUUACAACCCACUAUCUCUUUGCGCUGGGCCUCUAUCGAGCGCUAUAUAUUCCCAACUGGAUUUACAGAUAUUUCUUCGAGGGCUUUUUCCAUGCGAUCCCUGUCCUUGCAGGAAUUAUCCAGACCGUCCUCUAUUCGGAUUUUUUCUAUAUCUAUUACACGAAGGUGAUGAAAGGAAAGAAAUUUGCUCUUCCUGUUUAA